UUCUUCCUCCUCAGGUCUAACACUCUCCCUCUCUCUCUCUCUCUCUCUCUCUCUCUCUCUAUAUAUAUAUACAUCAUAUUGAACACAGACCUAUAUCGAUGGACGACGGAGAAGGAGGUCUGAGCUUCGAUUUCGAGGGCGGCCUCGACGUAGGUCCAGCUAACCCCACCGCAUCCGUACCGGUAGUCCAAUCCGACGCCGUCGCCGGCGGUGGAGCAUCAAACAACGCCUCCGCGCCCCCUGCCGCGGCAGAACCGCCGCAGGGAAACCCCGCGGGAAGGCGGAGCUUCCGGCAGACGGUGUGCCGGCACUGGCUCCGGAGCCUUUGUAUGAAGGGCGACGCCUGCGGGUUCCUCCACCAGUAUGACAAGUCUCGGAUGCCGGUGUGCCGGUUCUUUCGUCUUUAUGGAGAGUGCCGAGAGCAGGAUUGUGUGUACAAGCACACCAAUGAGGAUAUCAAGGAGUGCAAUAUGUACAAGUUGGGAUUUUGUCCAAAUGGUCCUGAUUGCCGCUAUAGGCAUGCGAAACUGCCUGGACCUCCCCCUCCUGUGGAAGAAGUCCUUCAGAAGAUUCAGCAGAUGACUUCUUACAAUUAUGGCAACUCUAACCGGUUCUUUCAAAACCGGAAUUCUAAUUAUCCUCAACAAACAGAAAAACCGCAGUUUCCACAAGGUCCAAAUGCUGCCAAUCAAGCCACAGCUGCAAAAUCUUCAACAACAGAAUCCCCCAAUAUGCAGCUGCAGCAACAAGUUCAACAGUCCCAACAACAGGUCGGCCAGACUCAAAUACAAAAUUUUCCAAAUGGCCAGCAAAAUCAAGGGAAUAAAUCUUCUACACCCCUGCCUCAAGGAAUAUCUAGGUAUUUUAUUGUCAAAAGUUGCAAUCGUGAAAAUUUGGAAUUAUCGGUAGAACAAGGAGUAUGGGCAACUCAACGGAGUAAUGAGGCUAAACUGAAUGAGGCUUUUGACUCCGUGGAAAACGUUAUCUUGAUCUUUUCAGUCAACCGGACUCGACAUUUCCAGGGUUGUGCAAAAAUGACAUCUAAAAUUGGUGGCUCUGUUGGUGGAGGGAACUGGAAGUAUGCACAUGGAAGUGCUCAUUAUGGGCGGAAUUUCUCUGUCAAAUGGUUAAAGCUCUGUGAAUUGUCGUUCCACAAAACUCGUCUUUUGAGGAAUCCAUAUAAUGAGAACCUACCGGUGAAGAUUAGCAGAGAUUGCCAGGAGCUAGAGCCUUCUGUUGGUGAGCAGUUGGCUUCCUUGCUCUACCUUGAGCCAGAUAGUGAACUCAUGGCAAUCUCAGUUACAGCAGAAACAAAGCGUGAGGAGGAAAAAGCAAAGGGAGUAAUCAAUUCGGACAAUGGGGCUGAGAACCCAGAUAUUGUCCCAUUUGAGGACAAUGAAGAGGAGGAAGAGGAAGAAAGCGAGGAAGAGGAUGAGAGCUAUGGCCAAGCUUUUGGGGCAGCUGCCGCUCAAGGCAGAGGAAGGGGCCGGGGAAUGAUGUGGCCCCCACAUAUGCCUUUUGCACGUGGAGCCCGGCCUCUCCCUGGGAUGCGGGGCUUUCCCCCUGUUAUGAUGGGUGCCGAUGGAUUUUCAUAUGGAGCUGUCACGCCCGAUGGUUUUCCCAUGCCCGAUCUUUUUGGUGUGGGCCCACGCCCUUUUGCUCCGUAUGGUCCAAGAUUCCCCAAUGACUUUGCAGGUCCCGCAUCUGGCAUGAUGUUUCAUGGCCGACCACCAGCUGGCGGAUUUGGGAUGAUGAUGGGUCCAGGACGAGCACCUUUUAUGGGUGGGAUGGGCAUUGGAGCUGCACCUCCAGCAAGAGCCGGUCGGCCGGUUGGUAUGCCGCCAAUGUUUCCACCACCACCGUCACAACCGUUGCAGCACUCAAACCGUCCAGUUAGGAGGGAACAGAGGGGACCGGCUAAUGACAAGAACGACAGAUACAGUGCCGGUUCAGAUCAAGGCAAGGGUCAAGAGAUGGGUGGUUCGGGAGCUGAUGACGAGACGCAAUAUCAGCAAGGAGGAAAAAAUCAAGAGGAUCAAUUUGGUGCUGGAAACAGCUUUAGGAAUGAUGAGAGUGAAAGUGAGGAUGAAGCGCCAAGAAGGUCGAGACAUGGAGAGGGAAAGAAGAAGAGGCGGAGUUUGGAGGCCGAUGCUACUGGUGGCUCUGAUCAACAAACUUAGUAAUAUCCCAUUAAAAAGGGUAGGUAUAACAUUACUUCAUUUCUUCGAAAGAUGAUGAUAAAUCUAUACUAUUCACAUUGGGGUUGUAUUGUUGUUUAAUUGAGAAUGUUUGCUACAAAAAUUUCUAGGGAAAUUUCUCCUUUUAUUUUUAGGUCUAGAUUUUCAAAUAUCUUGUUGUGUGUAUAAUGUAUUAAAACAAAAUUAAUGUAGGGAUAGGUGGGGUGUGAAUUAUUUUUGUUGCUUUACUUUGCACUGUGGGGAGGGAAUUGAUAUAAUGUAGCAUGUACCCCCCACAUCAUACCUUAUAUUCUGAUAAUGUGGAAAAAUUGCUGAAAAAUGAAAAUAUAUAUAUAUGGAUGUUGCAGUAAAGGAUGAUAUA